ACAUACACGCACACACCGACCGAGCUAGAGAGAGGGAGAGACACACAGGCGUCUGAUCUUCAUCUCGUUCUCAGUCCUUCAGUUCUUCAUCGACUCGCUCGCGUCUCGGAAACUUCCCGCAUAUUUUGUGAUCUGGAGACGGAUGUUUGUGGAUACUUCGAGCGUUACAUUGUCGCGCCGCGUGAAUAGUGGUCGGGGAACGCGAGGGGUUUUCUUCAGCGGGGUCUGAUGUGGAUUUAUCGGCUGGUGUCAGUUCGAACCGAGCUGCAGAUUUGAUGUCAAACGAAGAAAACGGAAGAUUAAUAAUCCCGAUUCCGAACGAGCGCUGUGGAUUAAGACCGAACUCGUUCCGAUGAUUGCGCACUGACAUCCGAGAUCGUUCCCAGCAGCCCGGACAGUCGCUUCAAGCUUUUUUCCUUUUUGGAUUCCGUGUCGGUUCGUCUGGUGAAAUAUUAAAGUCUGGCGUAUGAAACGGAUCGCGUACGCUUCUCCUGCUCGCCGUUUCUCCGCCGUCUGCUCUGCGCCUGUGGAUUCGGACCUCCGGAUCUUCAUGACUUGCGGACAAAAUGGCCGUUUUGUAGCCGGGGAACCCUCUUGUCGUCCCGCAUGUUCAGGACCAAACGAUCGGGGCUCGUCCGGCGACUCUGGAGGAGCCGAGCGCCCGUGGAGGGCGAAGGGGACGCGGACACCGGUACGCGCGGUGGCGGCGGCGGCACCACCGCGGGCUGCUGCCUCGGGAAACCGGGCGCCAGCAAGCCGAACCCCGGCACCGAGGCCGAACUGAAAGCGCUGACGUACUCGAUCCUGAAGAAGAUCAAGGAGAAGCAGCUGGAGGUGCUCUUGCAGGCGGUCGAGUCCCGCGGGGGAGCGCGGAGCCCCUGCCUCCUCUUGCCCGGCAAAGUGGACGCCAGGCUGGGUCAACAGUCGUACCCGCUGCCGCUGCUGCUCUACAAGGUGUUCCGGUGGCCGGACCUCCGGCAUUCCUCGGAAUUAAAGAGACUUUCGUGCUGUGAAUCUUACGGGAAAAUCAACCCGGAGCUCGUGUGCUGCAACCCGCAUCAUAUGAGCAGACUGUGCGAGCUCGAAUCCCCCCCACCCCCGUACUCAAGAUAUCCCACCGAUUUUCUUAAACCACCUGAUUCUCCAGGUUCUGUGCCUGCUUCCACUGAAACUGGAGGAACGGCGUAUUCGGCCCCUAUGGGGUUUUCAGAUUCCCUGGCUCUUCAGGAGCGUGGAGAGCAGCCUCACUGGUGUGUGGUGGCGUACUGGGAGGAAAAGACCCGCGUUGGGCGCCUCUACUCCGUCCAGGAGCCGUCUCUGGACAUCUUCUAUGACCUACCUCAGGGCACGGGCUUUUGCUUGGGCCAGCUCGCCUCCGACAACAAGAGUCAACUGGUGCAAAUGGUUCGGGCCAAGAUCGGCUACGGCAUCCAGCUGAGCCGCGAACCCGACGGCGUGUGGGUGUAUAACCGGAGUUGCUACCCCAUAUUCAUCAAGUCAGCCACACUGGACAACCCCGACUCGCGUACGCUGCUGGUGCAUAAAGUAUUCCCCGGGUUCUCCAUCAAGGCCUUCGACUUCGAGAAGGCGGGGAGCCUACAGCGGCCCAACGACCACGAGUUCAGCCAGCAGCCGCGGACGGGCUUCACCGUGCAGAUCAGUUUUGUGAAGGGCUGGGGGCAGUGCUACACCAGACAGUUCAUCAGCAGCUGCCCCUGCUGGCUGGAGGUCAUAUUCAAUAACCGAUAACAGCGAGCCCCGCCCCCUCACCUCACCACGCCCCCCAUUCCUUCAUCGCCAUGGAGACGGACUAGCCCUUACCUUUUAUGGACUACGUUGUUUUUGUUUUCGCAAGAAGUUCUCCGGAGGAUGUUUUACCAGAGAUAUGGAAAAACGAAAACUCACUUUGACUUGUUUAAUAAAUGACUAAGAUUUAAUUAAGUGAAAUAAAAGCUAAAAUGUAUUUUAUGUUAAAUAUAAAUAUAUUAUUACCUGUAAAUACGAAGUUUUAUAUGCAUUGUUAUUUAUGUAUUGUGCAAUGUGUUGAUGAGAAAAAGAGAUGCACUUUGCUUAAUAUAAAUGCAAACAAAGAAAUGCCAAAAUAAAACAAAAAAUACCGAAUA